AGAACCUCUCAUUAAAACCAGUACAACACUGGUUUGAGUGCAAUUUCUGCUGGAUCACUCAUUCACCAACACCAUGGUGGAUGCUCUGUUCUCCCCCUCACCUCCCCCAUCCUCACCUGACGCUGAAGCUACACAUCAGUGGAAGUGACUGUUUCAUCUGGAGUGUUGACAACCUGUCACAGGGGGAGCAAGCCCUCUGUCUGGACACAAGGAAGAAAGUGUGUUGUUUUGUGGUUCACAAACGCUGCCAUGAGUUUGUCACCUUCUCCUGUCCCGGAGCCGACAAGGGCCCUGACACAGACGACCCCAGAAGCAAGCACAAGUUCAAGAUCCACUCGUACGGCAGUCCCACCUUCUGCGACCACUGUGGUUCACUGCUAUACGGCCUCAUCCACCAAGGGAUGAAAUGUGACACCUGCGACAUGAACGUUCACAAGCAGUGUGUGGUCAACGUGCCGAGCUUGUGUGGGAUGGACCACACAGAGAGACGGGGUCGUCUCUUCCUCAAGAUCGAGGUCAGCGGGGACAGGCUACACGUCACAGUUUAG